AUGGCCGGCGGAGCAAAGUCGCACAGAAGACUUGGCUCUUCGAGGAUAGUGAAGAAGACAACCCACGUGCGGUCAACGGACGCGAAGCUGCACCCUGAGGCCAGAGGGCUCCGCAGAGCAGUCACGAGGACUCUGGGCAUUGAGGCUCAGGUGAAGGAGCAGGAAUCAGCCGAGAAGAGGGUUCAGGCUCUGUUAACCGGAGUGUCUCGUGAGACCAUCGACCUCGUCCGGCACAGUGCCCUUGAUGACGACUUUGUUAUGCACGACAUCGAACUUCCACCCAUGCCGACCGACGCGGAGAAAUUUGGCCAAGAACACGAAUGGGUGGACGAAGAUAUGCCCGUGUCAGGCGACUUCCUCGAUGCUCUAAAGGACAUUUCGGAGUCUCGAGGUAUGGAUAGAUGGAAGGGCAGAUGGUACAAGCAGACCCGCCGUUGGCGAUUGCGAAGGCAGCAAGAGGAAGCUGCCUGGGGCCCUAUGAUUGAACCCCUCGCGGACCGGUACCUGCGUUGCCAAUAUAGCAGGCCAAACGGUGCGACAGCGGCUCAGCCUCCAUCUGGAGAUGGCUGGUCAGAUUCAAACAUCCCAGGUAUCGGCGCGGUAUCGGAUGCAAACGAAGACUCUGGCGUGCCCUUGCUGACCGCCGCAUUUGCAUCCAGGCUUGCAGCUGCAGCCCGACUAGCGACCACAGCCACUCCGGAUGCGGCAAACUUGAGCACAGCUGUAACCAGCUCUGCGACGACCUUCGCUGCUCCUACCACGACUGCUCCCAUGACCGUUGCGGUACCAUGUCUCCCAGCGAAGCCCCUACGAUAA